UUGAAGGAAGUGCGGAGGCAGCGAUGUAUUAGGAGUUGUUUGUCGGCGUUUGUCAGGAAAGGUUGCAGGACCAUGGCAGAAGAAAGUGUCAUUCUGAUCAGCGACGAGGAGGAGGACGCCACAGCCAACGAGUCUGUUCUCAUCGUGGAAGUACGGGAUGAGCAGCGUCCAUCAACAUCAGCUGCUACAAGUGAAGUGGUGGAUGAGGACUUGUCAAUAACAUUCUCCAAGAAGGCCAUAGUGAUGCCCCAUGCCAGAUAUGACUGUAGCACCAACCCAUUUAGUCCAUCUGAGAAAGAUACUUCCACACCUGUGGGGAACAACACCGCCUUCUGUGAACAGUGUUUCUGCUACGUCUGUGACAAGUUGGCAUCGGAGUGUGUGGUAUGGAAGAAGCCCGGAAGCUGUCACUGUAAUGCCCACAAACAGAGUGCUUUCUGGAAGGCUGAGCGGGAUAAAGCAAUCCUGGGAUACCUGCAUAUUUUUAAUUUUGAGGUGAUGGAAGUGGAUACUGAUCUGAGACUUGCUGAGAAGCACCUGCGGAGUUUUGAAGAACGGCUGCAGGUGGAAUAUGACAUUUUUCUGAAGGGCAAUCAGACAUGUCUGACAGACAUCGUUCCUUGCAACUGUUAUUGCCACACAGCCCAUCCGGACACAUCUGGCUGCAAAAAAUGCAAAUUAUGUCAUGCAUUUGUGGCCUUCUACAACUAUUCUAAAGUGUAUGAAUGUGUGUCUGAGUUUCUGGACAAGGCUCAGAAAGAGACACCGAGGACUGCGGCAGUGAUGCUACUUGGAGCUGCUAAACUUUUUUCUGUUCAUGCACAGCCUUAUGGAUACAGCUCACAGUAUUACACUAAUCCUAAUUCCUACGUCUCAGAUGCUGUUCCUAUGUUGUUAAUGAGGGUAGCAGACACACUCAGGACCAUGAUCAUCACCAGUGACUUCUCCACUUCCUUCUCCAAGAAGCUGCAGGAAUUUUUCUCCUCGUUGCUGAUCUCGACUAAGUGCAAGUGGCUGACAAACAGCCUGGAUGUACGAGCAUGGGAUGAUCCUCUGCUAGUGUCCGUGCUCAAAGGACAGAACGUCAAAGGCGAGCGUCACCAUCGAGGAAAGCGGGAGGUCCUACACGAGCCUGUGGUCGUGGUGGAGGCACGCGUUCAGAAGCUCAAGGAGGAGAACAAGUUCAGAGAGCUGUCUCGCUACCUCAGAGCUGUGAGAAGUGAUAACAAAGUCCAACUCCGAAGCAUGAAAGAUCACGUGCCGUUCUACCUGUGCAAGGCUGGGGACUACUUUGGAGCCAUGAACUGCUUUUUCGCCUCGUCUUCUCAGACGUGCUGCGUUGCUUGUCGCCUCAGCCCCGCCCACUUUGUCAUGUACAUGAAGACCCUGGUGACAGGCAGGAUGCCGGCGGGCAGUGACCCCAUCCUUUCGACACAGUGGGAAGCAGCCAAAGAUUCCAACCUUCCAAAGAAGUCCGAUGUCAUAAAGUGUGCACUGCGGAUUAUGAAUUGGAACAUUACAGUGUUUAUGGACCCUGAUUGCUGGGUCACUCUGGUUGAGGUGGCAUGUUCUGAUGUGAUGACCCAUGACGGUUCCCUGGUUUUAAAGUCUUUUCAACUACCGGACACGUCAUUUCUGUUGUGGUCCAGAACAAGUGCUGCUGCAAUUCUUCAUGAAGGGACAAAAUCAGCAGAAAAGCAAAUUCAGAUACCCAAAACAUUUCUACUUCAGUACCCUCGGCAAGCUCUCCUGCUGCUGGUCACGCAGGCCCUCAUCGACAGAAUCACCUACAGGCGCAUGAUGACUUUCCUCAGUGUUGUCAUGGCUUUUAAAGAAAAUGCGUGGGCUCUUCGUUGGCUGUACAAUGGCCUUGGUCCUGAAACGCUGCAUGUGUUUAUGAGUGUCCUUCUGGAUGAUCUCUACAGUGAGAGGAAUACACACUUCACCAGGAAAUUUGAGUUAUCGGAUGAGCAGUACAUCGGGGACUUCCUCUGCUAUCACAUCCAGGAUCCACGUCCCAUGACUUAUGGAACGAAGCGAUAUGUUUUCGAUGUCCUGCACAAAAACUGGCAUGAGCGUGACUACUUGUGGCAGUAUUAUCUCAGGAUGAUUCUGCAGCAAUGUAGUCACGAACUGGAACCAGAAACCCACAGAUUCCUUGAUGCAAUCAAAAGAAGAAACUAUUGAAUGCAGAUAUCUGGUUCUGACCGUCUGGUUGGCAGUUCGAGGGCAGCUGCACAGACAUUGGCAAGUCAGUUGCAACACACUGAGCUCCUCGUGAUCUGUAUAAAUGUUUAGUUUACCUCUCCUCUGUUCACAUCUGUAGCCAGUUUCGGUCUCUUGGGUAAACAGUACCAUGAUGUGCAAUUUUAUUUAGCUUUAAAAUGUGUAUGUUUGCAUGCAUAAAAACCUCUUUAUAUAUGUCAAGAUGGUCAUUUGUCAGACCAGUGUCCUUUCCUUUACAGUGUACAAUGUCAAGAUGCUUUAUUAAAGUACACUUUACUAAUUUUUUUUUUUCCAUGUCAGAUAUUCAGAAUGGAGAACAGUGGUUGUAGUUUCCAUAGUAAUUUAGCUUUCCAAGUACAGCACCAGGUCAUUCUCAGUCCCCUGGGAAAGCAGAGUUGCUGGGGACAUGAAUAAGGAGCACACGUGAGCUGUCUU